CUCUCAACUUCCCUUUUCUCAUACUCCACGAUCCAUCCAUCCCACUUGAACCCUUACCACCUUCACGCUACCCCGCACUCAUCGAUCGAGCAAGCGCGUAUAUCCACAAUCAUCAUGGCUGCCCAACUCCCCAAGAAGAUGAAGGCUCUCAGAUAUGAGAAGCCUGAGGACUGGAGCAUCGUCGAGGUUCCGCUGCCCACGCUGCGAGCUGGUGAUGUCCUGAUCAAGGUUAAGGCUUGCGGGGUUUGUGGAACUGACUUACACAUUCAUGAAGGGGAGUUUAUCGCAAAAUUCCCUCUUAUUCCCGGUCACGAGACUAUAGGCGAGGUUGUUGCUAUGGCAGACGAUGUCAAGGGUUUCAAGAUUGGAGACCGUGUUGCAGCAGACAACUCGGAGCUUUGUGGCCACUGCUUCUACUGCCGACGAGGAGACGAGCUGCUCUGCGAGAAUUUCUCAGCGCAUGGCGUUCUCAACUUGGAUGGUGGCUUCGCCGAGUACUGCAGCUACACACAGGGACGUCUGUUCAAGAUUAACAACCUGAGCGACGUCGACGCCACUCUCAUCGAGCCGGCAUCUUGCGCUAUGCACGGCCUGGAGAAGAUUGCCCCCAAGGCUGGAUCUCACGCACUGCUCAUAGGGGCGGGUCCAACCGGGCUGAUGAUGGCUCAGUUCUUGAAGUUGAGCGGUGUAUCCCAGUUGACCAUCGCCGCCCCUGAGGGCACCAAGAUGGAAUUGGCUAAGAGCCUCGAUGCUGCUGACUUCUAUGUCCCUCUGUCCCGGAAGGACGCUACUCCUCAAUGGGAACAGAUCAAGAAGGACAACCCCUACGGCUUCGACAUUGUUGUUGAGGCUUCAGGUAGCUCCAAGGUGCUGGAGGACGCCAUCAACUACGUCCGCAGAGGUGGCAAGCUCGUGUGCUACGGUGUCUACCCCAGCGCUGCUCGUGUUUCGUGGCCCCCAUCCAAGAUCUUCGGUGAUGAAAUCACCAUUAUCGGCUCUUUCUCUGAGACGUACAUGUUCCCCGCUACCGUUGACUACCUGGACAGUGGCAAAGUCAAGACCAAGGGCAUCGUCAACAAGGUGUUCAAGCUCGAGCAAUGGGGUGAGGCUCUCGAGAGCAUCCGAAACAAGUCGGCCAUCAAGGCUUGCAUUGUUUUUGACUAGAUCCAGUUCCUGUCCUAUAGCGUAGGUGACAACGGAUGUAAUGGUAAACUCGGCUUAAACGGAAAACGUGCGGGCGAUCGUAGAGUUCUGGGCUAUCUAUAGACAGAAAAUACGAAAAUACGAAAUUACGAAACAAUACACCAGGGGCAUGGUCUCAUACAUAUAGAAUUGACUGUCGCAUUGUCUCCAAAGCAAGAAAGUUGGGUGUCUCGCACUCUUAUACGGUUGGCCACAGGCCAUCAAGGUUGUCACACAGCAUAUUACCCCACAAAUGCCGCCAACUCGGCCCCGUAUUCUGCAAGAACAAACACUCUUAUUUGAGCCUUUUCUCUC